UAUAUGAACAAAGCUUACUUCUUCUUCUUCCGCGCCGGCCGCCCCCCCAGGUUGAGCGGCUGGUCCGCCGUCGCUUUUGGACGCAUCGACGCCGGUAAUUCAGAAUAGUCCACCAGAUGCUCAAAAUUGCUGGACAUGGCCAACCCAUUCCCCACGUCCAGGGGCCCUUUCAGAGCCUCCUCCAUGGCACGCUCGCAGAGCUGCGCCGCCUCCCGCACCAAGCAACUUUCGGGCGUCAUCGCAGGUAUCACGUAGGCGUUGCCGCAGUGCGGACAAACGGCAUCAUCCUCAUCAAAGAUCCUCAAAUCCUUCUGGAAGAGCUGGCGGCAGGCCUUGCAGACCAGAGUCAAGGGCGACUCGAUAAUUGCGAGGUCGAGGCGUUUGCCCAUAACUUCCUCGUAGCACUCGGGGCAGUCGAACCAGGCGCCCGUCUUCUUGUCGCCCAUGAAGAUGGAGCACUGGGCGUUGAUCACGUGGCGGCAGCCGCCCUUGCCCAUGAUUGUGCUCGUUGUUGUGGGGCUGCCACCCUGGUCGCGUUCUGUCUCGCUUGGGGUCUUAUCAGCGGGCCGGAAAGCGAUCGACGAAUCACCGCUUGGCGUCCAGCGCGGCGAGUAGAGCGUACUGAGCGCUCGAGCGUUGCGACCGCGUGCGGAUUGCUAGUAUCUUACAUGCCGCUAGCUCGUACGGCUUCGAACACGAGGUAUUGUGCGGCCGCUGGGCAUGUCCAAAGGCUGUGGCUCUGGAACUCGUCGAACCAUUCACUCGUGGCUGCCCGUGAGAAAUUAGAAGGGCUCCGGUACCAAGGCCAGCAAUUACGGGCAGCCCUCUUGGCCUUCGGCAUUGGAGAUGGACCGGCAGCGCGGCGACGACAGACGCAUGGAUCGCUACGACCGUCGACGCGACGAGCGCAGCAUCGACCGACU